CUGUUCUGUAAAAGUUUUGGCAGUUCUGCAGCUCUGCACUUUUUGUCAAUAUUUUGUUUACCUGCGGUCAGUCAAAGUCUGAAAUUAUGUGAUAUUGUUUAGUAACGCAGGACACUUUUGUAACUCACUGUAUCUUCCAUGGAAGGUGAUUGAUACUACUUCUUUUACAUCAAAAAAACUACAUAUCUUCAGAUUCCUCAACGUAUACAUAUCUUAAUGUGUUAAUGUGCUUGUUGCUAUUUUACAAAUCAAUUUCUUCAAAAUGAAUAGACACAAUCCAGCUUUGUUAGAAAUAUACCACAAACCAUUUCACAGGAAAACUAUAUUUCGUAGCGGCGACAUUCCCGGAACAUCACAGAUCAAAAUCACAAUACAACCACAAACGCCACAAAAAUUACUCAAGGUUGUUGAUAGCGAGGAAGUUGAGUCAGUUUUCAGCUCAAAAUCGGAGCAUGAACCAAGAUCCUGUGACACUCGUGAGAUGAAGCCCUUUGUGAACGGUUUCAAAAUUGCCUCACUAGUUGCAGUUUGGAUAGUUUGCAGUUUUGCUUUGAUGGCAAAUAACGAAACCGUACAAGAUAUGCAUCAAAUCAGUAUUCCAAGUGGCUCUGUCAAAAGCUACAUGAUCCUAAACAAACCAAAAACAGACAAAAUCAGGGUGGUUCUUGAGGGCGCAUUGCUCCCUCCAUAUUAUGGAAAUCUAUCUAAAGAUGUGAUGGUCGUAUGGGUUCAACUAAUGGUGAUGAAGGAUGUUCCUAGGCCUAUAGAUACAUCAGCUAUAAGGGACUCUGAUAUACUGUGGCUCCAGAAUAUUUCUGAUGCUUGGGUAGUCCCCGUAGUCUCAGAACAACUGAUUGGUCAAGUUCCUGAAGUAAGACAUAAGAAAAUCUUCCACUUGACCUCCCACGAAAUAGAGAACGCUUCAUAUCAACUCAUACGCCUUCAAUUCAAGACCAAUUUGGAAUCAAACUUUCCAGUUUCUAUGGGGUACAACUUACAACCGAUCAAUCCAGAUGAUGGGGUUAUUUAUGCCGCUUUGGUAUUGAUUGGACUUUAUGUUUUGAUCGUCUUUGAUAUAAUACACAGAACACUGGCUGCAAUGUUGGCAAGCACAAUGUCCUUAGCGAUUUUAGCAGCUUUAAACGAAAGACCUACUAUGGAAGAAAUCAUUUCUUGGAUAGAUAUGGAAACUUUGAUCCUACUUUUUUCUAUGAUGAUUUUAGUAACAAUCUUCAGUGAAACUGGAGUUUUUGAUUACACUGCCCUUUGGGCCCUAAAAAAAACAGGUGGUAGUUUGUGGCCUUUGAUUAACAUGUUGUGCGUUUUGACAGCUUUGCUGUCGUGUUUCCUAGAUAAUGUAACUACGGUAUUGCUCAUAACACCAACAACUAUAAAAUUGUGUGAGGUGAUGAAGUUAAAUCCGAAGCAAAUAUUAAUGUUUACUUUGAUAUUUGCAAACAUUGGAGGAGCAGUAACACCUAUAGGUGAUCCUCCUAAUGUUAUAAUCGCAUCUAACAGUGAAGUGAUCAAUUCAGGAAUAACUUUUGGAAUAUUCACACUGCAUAUGAGUAUGGGAGUUGUGUUAGCAUUCAUUGUGGUUUAUCUUCAAAUUAGAAUAAUAUACAGAGACUUAAAGUACUAUCAGUUUGAUGAACCAUCUCCUGUAGAAGACUUGAAAAGAGAGAUACAGAUAUGGACAAGGACAGCAAACUCGGUUGGAAGCUACAGUAAGGAUGAGGAUGCAGUUAAAGAAUCUUUGUGGAAGAAAACAGAAAAGUUGAAAGAUGAUCUCAAGCUAGUUGUUAACACGAGCAACAACAAUACUUCGAAGAUGAAUGAAAUCAACCUAAAAGAAUUAGAAGAAAGGUACUCGAUCAAAAACAAGUCCUUAUUGAUCAAGUCUGGAAUAACUCUUUCUCUGGUGAUCUGCGUCUUUUUUCUUCACUCUGUGCCAGCCCUCAGUAGACUUGGCUUAGGCUGGACAGCACUACUAGGAGCUCUUCUACUCUUCCUCCUCUAUGAUAACCAAGAUUUGGAAGGAAUAUUUGCAAGAGUGGAAUGGUCCACUCUGUUAUUUUUUGCAUCUCUGUUCAUUCUGAUGGAGGCCUUGGCUCGCUUAGGUCUUAUCGACUGGAUAGGCCUGCAGACCCAAUACGUCAUCACCUCAGUCUGUCCCGAAUCUCGUCUAGCAGCAGCCAUAGUCCUGAUCCUCUGGGUAUCCGCCAUAGCCUCAGCCUUUGUGGACAACCUGCCUUUGACUACAAUGAUGCUGCGUAUUGCAGUCAAUCUAGCUGGCAACCAAGAGUUGCACCUGCCACUGCAACCGCUUAUUUGGGCAUUGUCUUUUGGAGCCUGCCUAGGAGGAAAUGGUACGUUAUUUGGCUCAUCCUCCAACAUUGUCUGCGCAGGUUUAGCAGAGCAACAUGGCUACAGGUUUACUUUUAUCCAAUUUAUGAAAGUCGGAUUACCUGCAAUGAUUUCGAGCACAAUCGUGGUUACAAUGUAUUUAAUAUUUUGCCAUGUGAUCAUGGACUGGCAUUAGUAUAUAGUAAUAUAUAAUUAUUUGUUAUUUAAUAAACGUUUCCUCUCGUUAA